AAACGAAGCUGAGUUGCCAAACAGUCCCUCACAGUCCUUACUCGGACUGACACGGAAGUAAUCAUCUUCGAUAGAGAAAAUUGGAAGUUAGAAAGUAGGUUUUGAAGAUUGAAGGCCAUUGCAGAAAAACUGAGCUUCAGUCGGGAGUUGGGUAGUUAGCUCCGAGACAAAGCGAUGUUGCAGAGGCUCAGGGCAGCUUCAUUGAUGAGGCGAAGCUUUCACAGUUCUCGAUUGAGAGGCCUCUGCACUCUUGCAGAAACUGCAACAAACGAUGAUCUUGACAACCAAGUGUUGGUCGAAGGCAAAGCUUGGUCUAGAACAGCGAUUCUCAACCGACCCUCAGCUCUCAAUGCUCUCAAUACUUCAAUGGCGGCUAGAUUGCAGAAACUGUACAAAUCCUGGGAAGAUAACCCUGAUAUUGGUUUUGUUGCAAUGAAGGGCAGCGGUAGGGCCUUUUGUGCUGGUGGAGACAUCAUUUCUCUUUAUCAUUGGAUAAAUAGAGGGAAUUUAGAAGACUGCAAGCAAUUUUUUAGGACAGCAUACACAUUGGUAUACAUAAUCGGUACUUAUUUGAAGCCACAUGUGGCCCUAUUAAAUGGCAUUGCAAUGGGUGGUGGUGCUGGAGUGUCAAUCCCUGGGACAUUCCGUGUAGCAACUGAUAAAACUGUUUUUGCUACCCCUGAAACUUUAAUUGGCUUUCACCCUGAUGCUGCGGCAUCCUUUUACCUCUCACAUCUACCAGGUCACUUGGGGGAGUACUUGGCUCUAACAGGAGAGAAACUCAGUGGAGUGGAAAUGACUGCUUGUGGACUUGCUACACACUAUUCACAUAGUUCAAGGCUUCAAUUGAUUGUAGAACAACUUGGGAAUUUGGUCACUGAUGAUCCUUCUAUUAUUGAAACUUCCUUAGAAAAAUUUGGCGAAGUUGUCUAUCCAGAACAAAACAGUGUGCUUCAGAGGAUUGAAAUAGUUGAUAAUUGUUUCAGCCGUGACACAGUUGAAGAAAUUAUUGAUGCUCUGGAAAUUGAGGCAGCUAGAACAAAUGAUGCUUGGUGCACGUCCACUCUAAAGAGACUCAGAGAAGUCUCACCAUUGAGCUUGAAGGUUGCUUUGAAAUCUAUACGAGAAGGUAGAUUUCAGACACUUGAUCAGUGUUUGGUUCGUGAAUACCGAAUGUCCCUUCAGGGGGUAUCUAAGCAAAUUUCCAAUGACUUUUGCGAGGGAGUUCGGGCACGAGUAGUGGACAAAGACUUAGCUCCAAAGUGGGAUCCUCCGACUCUGGAACAAGUGUCAGAAGACAUGGUAGAUCGAUAUUUUUGUCGCCUAAGUGAAUUUGAGCCUGAUCUAGACCUACCCACAAGUUUGCGAGAAGCAUUUAACUAGUGAACCUGAUUGCUAUUUCUCUCCUAUUUUGUAUUUGAAAUAAGUUAGUUUCCAAUCCAUUGAGAUCUCAUAAGCACAGGUAACUGCCAGAACUAGGGUCAUGUUUGGGAAAUUUUAUUAUUUCUAUCACCUUGUUUAACUUGGCCUGGAAAAGUAAAAGGUUGAAAUUUCUCUUAGGCCAAGUCAGACGCAGUUACGAAAGAAUGUAUCAAAAAAGGUUCAUGUAAAGUUUAGCUUUACGUUAUAAUUCCUUCAAUGUUACAUAAAAUUCAAUAAAUAAAUAAUCGAUGAUGCCUCUACACCAUCUAUGAGGCAAGAAA